AUGAAGCCAAAUAUUGAACCUCCUGAGAAUGUGGAGUGGAGUGGUGCUGAAGCCUCGAUGUUCAGAGUCCUCAUAGGCACUUACUAUGAUAAUUUCUGUGCCAUUGCCAGGUUGAUUGGGACCAAAACAUGCAGACAGGUAUAUGAGUUUAGAGUCAAAGAAUCUAGCAUCACAGCACCUGCUUCUGCUGAGGAUGUGGACACUCCUCCACGAAAGAAGAAGAGUAAACACAGAUUGUGGGCUGCACACUGCAGAAAGAUACAAUUGAAAAAGGACGGCUCCUCUAACGAUGUUUACAACUAUCAACACUGUGACCAUCCAGGGCAGCCUUGUGACAGUUCAUGCCCUUGUAUGAUAGCACAAAAUUUUUGUGAAAAGUUUUGUCAGUGUAGUUCAGAGUGUCAGAACCGCUUUCCUGGAUGCCGCUGCAAAGCACAGUGCAACACCAAGCAGUACCCAUGCUACCUGGCUGUUCGAGAGUGUGACCCAGACCUCUGCCUGACCUGUGGAGCUGCAGACCACUGGGACAGCAAAAACGUGUCCUGCAAGAACUGUAGCAUCCAGAGGGGCUCCAAAAAGCAUUUACUGCUGGUACCAUCGAAUGUAGCAGGCUGGGGGAUUUUCAUCAAAGAUCCUGUGCAGAAAAAUGAGUUCAUCUCAGAAUACUGUGGAGAGAUAAUUUCUCAAGAUGAAGCAGACAGAAGAGGAAAAGUAUAUGAUAAAUACAUGUGCAGCUUCCUGUUCAACUUGAACAAUGAUUUUGUGGUGGAUGCAACCCUCAAGGGCAACAAAAUUCAUUUUGCGAAUUACUCAGUAAAUCCGAAUUGCUAUGCAAAAGUCAUGAUGGUGAAUGGCGACCACAGGAUUGGCAUCUUUGCGAAGAGUGCCAUCCAGACUGGUGAAGAGCUGUUCUUUGGUUAUAGGUACAGCCAGGCUGACGCCCUGAAAUACGUGGGCAUUGAGCGCGAGAUGGAAAUCCCUUGACAUCUGCUUCCUCCUU